UUGUCUGGCAACGUUUCCAUAUGAAUUUGAGAAGACAUCCAUGUGAAUCACGAGAUGAGGUUAAAGAAAUAUUAAUUUUAAUAGAAUUUAUGGAAAUAGAACUGUUCUUGCGUGGUUUGGCUAGAGACGUUGAUUGUAAUAAAGAACUUUGGUCGUUAACCCCAUAG